GGAAAAUCAGUUCAACUUUGUUGGUUGAUUGACCCACAAAACAAACGAAUUUAUACAUACAAAAGGGGGCAGCGCCGUCAAGAACACGGAUGGAGAGAUGUCAACGAAGAAAAUAUUUUACCCAAUUUUACGCUAGACAUAGAGAUGGUUAAUGAUGUUAUUUCGCAGACACCCUCAGUAACAUCAGAAAGUGAGAACGAUUUAGAAAUCAACUGUCUGA